AAGAACCAAAAAAAAUUGCAUUAAGAGAUACGGCAAAAAAUAACUGGAGAGAAAACACCGGAAACUGCUUAGAGCUGUUUAUAUCGGAGAAGACCAAGACUUCUUGUGCAUACGCUUUACAUCCUGUGGGCUGUGGCUUGCCAAAAAUCGGAAUUAUUUACUUUCACCGGCUAUCUCAUCUAAUUAGGAAAGCAUAAAAAAAAUAACAAAAAAAUAAAAGAAACAAACAAAAUUUGUUAUUUGGUAAAUUUAGUUUAUUUCCUAACAUAUUCAGUUAAGUAUUAGGGCCGCUAUGCUUAUAUAUAUUGAAGUAUAGGCCGACUAUUAUUUUUCGGAAUCAGCCAAGAAUAGGAAGCUCCUGGUGAAUUAGUACAGAGGGAAAAAAAUGUACACAACCAGACCCUUAUCUCUAUACGAGCGUUCCCCAGAAGCCAUCUCAUCAACUCCAGAAGGUCCAAAUUCUGGUUAUUUGGUACUCCGAGAUGAAGAAUCCACACCAACAUAUUUGUUCGGGUUGAUCAAGGGCUCGUCUAUCGAUGAUCUGCCAUUUCCACAAAAUAAACGCCUCUCCGUCAGAUAUACAAGCAGCAAUGAUGAAAGCUCUUCAGUUGAUGAGGUUUAUUUAAUUCCUGUCAUCAACCAGCCACUCUCAUCCAACCGAUAUUAUGCAAUAAAAGCAGAUGGGAAGACAAAGGGGGAAUCAUAUGCAAGCUCAAAAGAAGACGACUUUGGAAUAAGCUGCUUUUGCAUCCCAACCAUCCGAGAUGUAAAACCAAGACCACCCUUUGAUGCAAACGACAUAUAUCAGCAAUUUGAGUUCUCUGUAACACAAACUUUUCUUGGUGGAAACAGGCUCUCAGCUAGAUCCGUAGCACCUGAUGGUCACCCACCAGAUUUUUUACGCAGAAAAGGAUGGCAUAUGAGCUCUAAAUCUCUAAAAAAUUUCAACAUGGGAGAGGCUCGCGGUAUUGACUCUUCCCUAAGAGCUCGUCUUCCAGACUUCAAUAUUUUCUCUUCUCAAGAAAGUUCAACGUCUGUGGUUGUUGGUAAGUGGUACUGCCCUUUUAUCUUCAUCAAAGAUGGGAGUGAGAAAGUCCAAAUCAAGAACUCCAUAUAUUAUGAAAUGACACUUGAGCAACGAUGGGAGCGGAUUUUUACUGCUGAGAGAAGCAAUAAUGAUCAGGAAAAGACAGUGAUAGUCAAUGCGAUGGUUCCAGCAGAGGUGGUAAGAAUUGCAGGGCAGCUAGAAGCGCAAGAAGAGAUGAUUGAUGGCAGAGGAGUAGUGUGGUACAAGGCAAUAGAUGGAAGCGGAACAGUAUAUCGGACGGGGCUGAGCUCACUGAUUGUAGAAAGAAUAAUGUGGGAAGAAGGAAGACUUGGAUGGACUAAAGAGAAAGAAAAGUGGAUCAAUGUGGUAAAAGAAGAAAAAUAUGAAGGAAUAACAGACUGGAAAACUUUUGGUUGCUAUUUGCUGGUCGAAAGUUUUGUUCUGAAGCGGGGUGAUGGGAGAAACGUGCUAACAUAUGAUUUCAGGCACACUCAUCAGAUAAGAAGCAAAUGGGAAUGAUAUCAAUGAAUCCUUCAUUUUUCUGGACAGAGCUGCAAAAUUGUCUUCCUGCAGUCCUAUUAUGCAUGAUCCCUUAUAAACAUACAUAUACUUGCAAGGUUUAUAUUGCUCUCUGUAUCGAAUAAAUCAAAGGAUGUAAAUUUGUAAUUUCAUUGCUUAAUUUUUUUUUUUUUUCAAAUAAUAAACAUAGUUGUAAUUUUUAACCUUGUUAUUCAAAAAAGUUCCA